AAAAUUUACUGGGUUUUUGUUUUAAUUUCUUCUUCCGUCAAGUUCUACUCCGCGGGCGGCUUCACUUCAGUGUAGCCUAGCUUGAGGUUGAGGAUUCCAAUCAUGGCUGUUUCAAAGUUUGUAAUGGCCUCGCUAACCAAUUGCCGUCCACUAACAUGCGCUGCCACGGCCACAGCCUCAUCCUAUCAAGAGCGUCUGGUCCCACACCCACCAGACCUGAUCAAAUGGGUGAGGCGCGAAGGUGGGUUCGUGCACCAGGCCAUUAAAAUAUCCCAAGAUGGAACCAAUGGUCUUGGUUUAAUUGCCUCUCAUGAUAUCCCAAAAGGGUCUCAGCUUAUUGUCCUUCCUGAUAACAUACCCUUAAAAUUUGGAGAUGAAGAUGGAGUUGAUGAGGCACAUUCUGUUUUGGUUAAACUGGCCCAAAAAGUUCCUGAUGAACUGUGGGCAAUGAAAUUGGGUUUGAAGCUUCUUCAAGAAAGAGCAAGGGUCAACUCCUUCUGGUGGCCAUACAUCAGCAACCUGCCGCAAACUUAUAGCGUGCCCAUAUUUUUUCAAGGGGAGGAUAUAAAGAACUUGCAGUAUGCUCCUCUUCUAUACCAGGUGAAUAGAAGAUGCAGGUUUCUUCUUGAUUUUGAACAAGAAGUCAAGCGUGCUGUUGAAAACCUGAAACAAAAUGAUCAUCCUUUUGACAGGCAAGAUGUAGAUGCAUCCUCUCUUGGGUGGUCAAUGUCAGCAGUCUCAUCCAGGGCAUUUCGUUUAUAUGGAAAAAAGCUCCCAGAUGGAACCUGCAUUGAUGCCCCCAUGAUGCUUCCUCUCAUCGACAUGUGCAACCAUGCCUUCAAUCCAAAUGCACAAAUUAUUCAAGAACAAGAUGCAGGGAGUGCAAAGAUGCUUAUAAAGGCUGUGGCAGAAACACCAAUCAAACAAAACGAUGCCAUACUACUGAAUUAUGGUUGCUUGAACAAUGAUCUUUUCCUAUUGGAUUAUGGAUUUGUGAUACCUUCAAACCCUUAUGAUUGCAUUGAGCUCAAAUAUGAUGGAGCUUUUCUGGAUGCUGCAAGUGUUGCUGCUGGGGUAUCUUCACCUAAGUUCUCUUCACCAGCUCCAUGGCAACGACAGUUUUUAUCCCAGUUAAAUUUAGACGGUGAAGCUGCAAAUCUCAAGGUGACAUUAGGAGGUCAAGAAUUGGUAGAUGGACGGUUGUUGGCAGCCCUUAGAGUACUGCAGGCAAGUGACAUGGAAAUGGUGCGUAAGCAUGAUAUGGACACUCUCAAAUCUUUAUCAGCUGAUGCUCCUCUCGGAAUUGCAAAUGAAGUAGCUGCUUAUCGCACCAUUAUUGCAUUAUGUGUGAUCGCACUUGAGCACUUCCCUACCAAAAUAAUGGAAGACGAAUCCUCAUUGAGACAAGGUGUUUCAGCUUCCACUGAACUGGCCAUCCAGUUUAGAAUCCAUAAGAAAUCUGUCAUUGUAGAUGUGAUGAGAGAUCUAACAAGAAGAGCUAAAUCACUUUUGUCCAAGGACACAACGGCUUGUCAAGGCUAAUUUGUAAAGGGAGGGGAGUCAUUUUAAGUUUUAACUACGUCUUAUUCGUUCUUGGGCUCAUAUUCCAAUAUAGCAAUUAACAAUGUAUGCUACCAUACGGAUUGGUGACUGUCACAUUUAUUUACAAAAUUCUAUUUGGGAUGGCGUCCGUAUCUCUCCUUGAUACUGAGUGGGGGGAGCGGCGGUUGUCUCUAGUUGCAUUAUGCUA